CGGCAGUGUUGGAGCUGCUGGAUAUUUCAGUAGAAGAAGAGCGGAGGCUAAACAAACCGAAGGGCGGGUUUAGCUGAAGUCUGGUCGGUCCGUUCGGUGUCCGGUGGAGAUUUUACGGUUUAAACGAUGCAUCGGUGGGACAUGUCUCCGUUCUCAGUGACUCCAGCUGCCAGCCUGCUGUCCAGGUGUGUCUCUGUAGGAGCUGUGUCUCAGGAGGAAAUAGACUCUGCCUCCUCCAACCGAAGCCCCGCCUUUUCCCCUCAGGUGCAGGAGGCUGAGCAGCGAAUCAUGAAGCAGAAACAGCUGGACGAGCUGCAGCUGCAGUUGGAGCUGCUGAGAGUCGACCAUCAGAGUGCCGACGUCGCUCACAGCUUCCACCUCGCCCAGAGGUUCCGGCUGCUCCAGAUGUUGUCCUCUCACCUGCAGGACGUCCUGAAGGAGCAGAAGAGUCUCAGACAGAGACUGAUGAAGCCGCUGGCUCAGACCAACCUGCCGCUUCCUGCUCACCUGCACAGGUCUGCGGUGGACUCGGUGAAGCUGAUGAUGGACUUCAUAGAGACUCUGGAGGAGAAGUUAAGCUCCGCCCACAGCUGGACCUCCACCAGGGAACACCUCAGUCAGCUGGACUCCUCAAUCACCCUGCUGCUGGCUGAAGCUGCUGAAAUAGAAACUCUGUCCAAUCAGAUCCUCCGAUGGAAGAUGUUGGGCAGCAGCCAGCUCAGUGACCCUUCAUCAUCAUCAUCCUCAUAGACUGUAUUUUAAUAGAUGUUUGUAAUAAAUGUGAAUAAAUCUACUAAAUAUUAA